AUGGCAGCAAAGUGUGCUCGAGAAGAGUGUGGAAAAACUGUUUAUCCAAUUGAAGAGCUUAAAUGUUUGGAUAAAGUGUGGCACAAAGGUUGCUUUAAAUGUACUGCUUGCGGAAUGACUCUUUCAAUGAAAACAUAUAAGGGUUAUGAAAAGAAGCCUUAUUGUGAAGCUCAUUACCCAAAAACAGUGCCUUCAGCAGUAAUUGACACUCCAGAAAUGGAAAGAGUGCGGAUUAACACUAAAAAUCAGUCCGCGGUCCAAUACCACGAACAAUUUGAGAAAAUGCGUGGAACAAAGAUUGAGGUUGCCGAUGAUCCAGAAAUGAAACGUUUAUUGGACAACACAAAAGUCCAGUCAUUGGCACAUUAUCACGGAGAACAUCAAAAGAAAGUUGAUCAGGAUGCUCACCGUUCCGGGGGAGAAAGCCCAAACCCUGCGGCUGCUGCAGCGGCGGGUAGCGUUUUGAUUUUAAUAAAUUGUAAAAGAAUUUAA